AUGAGGAAACUGGGAGUAAUAAUAAAGACUGGUUUUAUUGGAGAAAUUCUCUGGAAGCUCUGGAGACUGAAGGUAACUUUGAAACUAAACCCUGCAGCCGGACCGCGUGUGAGAAAACACCACACUGAAACACAAGAAACCUUUAUUAUAGGUUUUCCUCAGGGCAGAGCAGUUCCUCACGGCAAGCUGUACCUCCUGAGCCACCGUUGCCCUCACAGAACCUUUGUGAAGACUGGAUCCCUGCUGAAAAAUGUUCUGGAGAACCACUUGGACCAUCUCCAGUCUGGACUCUGCUCUUCGAUGACUGGAGGGAAGUUUGGAUCAGAACCAGGCUCGGGUCCAGAUUCCUGCAAACAUCCUAACUCCCCCACCCUCUCAGAGAAACGGAUCCAGGUUCAGGUCCACAGGAACCUGGAGGGCCGCGGCGACAACGCUCCAACCACAUUUACUCCUGAGUCUAGCUACGUCCCUGAAGAUCCAGAUGUCCAGAAGACAACUUUUUACCAAAUUAAAAGCUCAAGACUGCAUUGGAACGACCGCUCCUACUGUAAACCUUCUCCAGUAGCAACAUCGACUGGUUCUGAUCAGACUCGUCUGGAGUUUAACGUGCUGAAAGUUUCCGAUGGGACAGGACCAUCAGGGAUCAGCUUCAUGUCAGAGAUCUUCCUCCACCAGACAGCUGCAGAAGCUUCCAUCCUCGUUUCAGUUUACUUAAUCAGAGAGGAACGUAGAAUCAAGCCACGUCAAAAAAUGACUGUUACAAAUAAACCAAAACCAGUCAGGAACAACGAGGAUCUGGGGAACAGGGAUCUGGGGAACAACGGGGACCUGGGGAACAGGGAUCUGGGGAACAACGGGGACCUGGAGAACAUCGGGGAUCUGGGGAACGGGGAUCUGGGGAACAACAGGGACCUGGAGAACAUCGGGGAUCUGGGGAACAACGGGGACCUGGGGAACAACGGGGACCUGGAGAACAUCGGGGAUCUGGGGAACAACGGGGACCUGGGGAACAACGGGGACCUGGAGAACAUCGGGGAUCUGGGGAACAACGGGGACCUGGAGAACAACGGGGACCUGGAGAACAUCGGGGAUCUGGGGAACAACGGGGACCUGGAGAACAACGGGGAUCUGGGGAACAACGGGGACCUGAGGAACAACAAGGAUCUGGGGAACAAUGGGGACCUGGAGAACAACGGGGAUCUGGGGAACGGGGAUCUGGGGAACAACGGGGACCUGAGGAACAACGAGGAUCUGGGGAACGGGGAUCUGGGGAACAACGGGGACCUGAGGAACAACAAGGAUCUGGGGAACAACGGGGACCUGGAGAACAACGGGGAUCUGGGGAACGGGGAUCUGGGGAACAACGGGGACCUGGAGAACAACGGGGACCUGGAGAACAUCGGGGACCUGGGGAACAACAAGGAUCUGGGGAACAAUGGGGACCUGGAGAACAACGGGGAUCUGGGGAACGGGGAUCUGGGGAACAACGGGGUUCUGGGGAACGGGGAUCUGGGGAACAACGGGGACCUGAGGAACAACGAGGAUCUGGGGAACGGGGAUCUGGGGAACAACGGGGACCUGAGGAACAACAAGGAUCUGGGGAACAACGGGGAUCUGGGGAACAACGGGGACCUGGAGAACAUCGGGGAUCUGGGGAACAACGGGGACCUGGGGAACAACGGGGACCUGGAGAACAUCGGGGACCUGGGGAACAACGGGGACCUGGGGAACAACGGGGACCUGGAGAACAUCGGGGAUCUGGGGAACAACGGGGAUCUGGGGAGCAACGAGGAUCUGGAGAGAAAUCUAAUGAAAGAAAUCUAAAACCCUGAAGCGGUAACUCAGUUCGGUCAAUCAAGAUGCAGAUCAACCCAAACCCCGAGGGUUAGGUUAGGAAUUCUAUGAUUCCAGAACCGAUCUUCUAGAACGUGUUUUAUUAGAAAAUUAUUGAAGCAUCUAAAAGGUUUAAUUCAGGCUUAUGUUUUUGUUUCUAGUUUCUAAACUCCUGCUCUGUUAAAGUCCACAGAACCAAUCAGAACCAGCUGACCUCGAUAGAAGCUCCACAACCAACCAGAACGUUGAAAUCGAUGCAAAAAGAACAUCAGCCCCGGGCCCGACUGGACCAGAGCCAGAACUUUCCCUCUAAUCAGAACAGUGGUGCUAUAGUGCAAAAGAAACAUUAUCAACAUUAAUGUUAUUAAUACUUUAGUAACGACAACACGGUUACCAUGGUAACGUAAAGAAGGGUUUGGUUCCAGCAGCCGGGCCAACUUGUAUCAUUCAAGUAUCUCAUCACUCACUCACUCGUUCACCCACUCGUUCACCCACUCA